AUGGCGGCCUUAACCCGCCUAUCAAAGCCCUCGUUCACAUCACUUUCCUCCGUCUCACGCAUAAGCCGGUGCUUGUACUCGGGCAUAGCACCGGAGCCCAGCUCUCAUGGCGCUUCGCCAUAUAGCCCACGAUUGGGGCCCAAGCCCAAUCUCUCGGUCAAGGACCCCAAGGAUCGAAACGUACAGUGGGUCUUCUUGGGCUCACCGGGCGUGGGCAAAGGCACGUACGCGAGCCGCCUGUCUAAUCUCCUCGGCGUUCCUCACAUCGCCACUGGAGAUCUCGUCCGCGAAGAGCUCGCGGGCUCUGGGCUUCUCUCUAAAGAGUUAUCGGAGAUUGUGAACCAGGGAAAGUUGGUUUCUGAUGAGAUUAUAAUAAGCUUGUUGUCGAAGAGAUUGGAGGCUGGGGGAGCUAAAGGGGAACUGGGUUUUAUUCUUGAUGGGUUUCCUCGAACCAUAAGACAGGCGGAAAUAUUGGAAGGGGUGACAGAGAUUGACCUGGUGCUCAAUCUGAAGCUCCGGGAAGAUGUGUUGGUUGAGAAAUGCCUUGGGAGGAGAAUGUGUAGUCAGUGUGGGGGAAAUUUCAACGUGGCCUCCAUUAAUGUUAAGGACUCAAAUGGGAGUCCUGCAAUUAGCAUGGCUCCGCUUCUUCCACCUCCACAUUGUAUGUCAAAGCUUGUUACUCGAGCUGAUGAUACUGAAGAAGUGGUUAAACAUCGGAUUCAUGUAUACAAUGAGAAGAGUCGGCCUGUAGAAGAAUUCUACCGUAGUCGAGGGAAACUGUUGGAGUUUGAUUUGCCAGGAGGGAUCCCAGAGUCUUGGCCAAAGUUGCUUGAAGUUCUUAAUCUUGAUGAAUACAAGGAGAAGCAGUCUGCUGCAGCAUGA